CAAAACUUUCACGUUUGUGCCAAUAAUAGUAAAAUUUGGAGAAAUAUCACUUAUACCCAGAAUUUUGAAACUUUUGUGCCAAAUAUAGUCAUUUCUGUUACAAACUUUAACGGUGUUAGAGACUCCGUCCGUUGUCAGUUAGUUUAACGUUAGGCUGACUAGGACGCUAUAUCAUCGCACACGUCAGCGACAUAUCAGCCACAUUCGCCACGUAGGUGCACGUCAUAUUUUUAAUUUAAAAACAAAUAAAAAAUUCAUAUAUUAAUCAUAAAGAAAGAAAGGAAAAAAAUAAAAAAAAAAAAGAAACAAAGAAAGAAAAGAAAAUCGUUUCUCUAUUAUGCUUCUGGGUUCGUCUGCGGCUGCUCUAUUUGAGAUUCGUCGUUCUGCUUUCGGUUCGUCGAUUUGUUCACUAUUCUGCUUCUGGGUUCAUCUACGGCUGCUCUAUUUGAGACUGCCACUCCCCGUCAUCGGCUUCUUAUUCCCAAGUGUUCCAGCGUCAAUAGAUCUUCACUCCCGCAGAAACUCCUUGCGCCGCUUCCACAGCCACGAAGACCCAGCUAUGCCGAACACAAGUGUUCCAGAGUCAAUCGAUCUCCACUCCCGCUUGGAUUUUCGUCGGGGAGAAGGGCAUUAUGACUGGGCAACCCCGGGAGCGAAGAGGGAAGUGGUGUCGGUGCAGUGGCGGAGGAAUCGGCGGCAGUAGUGGUUUGGAAAAUUAGGGAUUCAAAGAGAUAGAAGGGGAAAGUGAAAAGGGAGGGAUGGGUGAAUGAAAGGGACGCCGUCGCUACGGGAGAAACAUCUUCCACCACUUCCUCUAUCCAUCUGCGCCACCGUUUGGAAUCCCUAUAGCUGCCUUUUUCUUCUUGAUUCUACUGGGAUUUGCGUCUUUUCUUCUUGGUUCUACAGGAACCCAGCUGGGCGAUUGCUCUGCAUAUCGUCCGGAUCUUCUACUUCAUCGUCACUAUCCCAAAUCCAACAAUCAAACCUCUUCGGUUUAGGGUGAUCUGAGAUCUAUGCGCAAUUUUCACAGAUCUCUACGCUGGCUUCUUCUCCGACGAUCCGGUCGCUAUCACGGUGGGGAAAUUGAAAUUUCCUUCGUUGUGUUUUUCCCAACUUAGAGAGCCUAGCUAAACUGCAACUCCAGGUGAUAGUUGUUGAAAAAAAAGAAGAUGGAAGAGGGGUUUUGUAGCUUUGUGGGUAUGGGUUUGACGAGAGAGGUGGGAUUUUUGGGAAAGAAAAGAGGGAUCGAAAGAGGUGGGAUAUUGGGUCAACUGAGCAUCUUUGUUUCUGGUUGUACACAUAGGCGAUAUGUCGGAGAGGGAGCAUAAAUCGUGGGCGAGGAU